AAACAAGAGGUGGUACGUCAGGACUGAUAUCACAGGCUCUCCAGCAGGAUAAGCAGGUCUUAAUUGAUAAAGGAUCUUACAAAUUAUUUACAGCUUUGCAACCUGUUUUUUUGAGGUGUGUGCUAUUCUUGGUCCCACAGGCUGCUUCGGCCUCAUGAAAGUUAUUGAAAUCUUUCAUUCAUUCAGACUAUUAGGUAGCCUUGAAUGGUCGGCUUGUGGGAUGGGACAGCCAACUGCAAACUGUAGGGAUUCAAUAUAGACAGGCUAGGGAGGGAAGGCAAUGCAACAGGGCAAUAGAGGAUCAGCAUAGAGAUCAUAAUGGGUGUUUGGGGAGGAGUUGUGGUUGUAGUGUUGUUGGUGGUGGUAUACAAGGUCGUGCAAUGGAAGAGAUACAGGCUUCCUCCAGGCCCUAGGGCGUUGCCUGUAGUGGGGAAUCUGCUAGACAUAGGUGCAGUGAGGUUUAGGUGUUUCUGGGAAUGGUCCAAGCAAUAUGGUCCUAUCAUGUCUGUGUGGUUUGGGUCGACAUUGAAUGUGAUAGUGAGCAAUACAGAGAUGGCAAAGGAGGUUCUUAAGGAGUAUGAUCAGCAGUUGGCUGAUAGGUACAGAAACAGAUCAAGUGACAGAUUCAGUAGAGGUGGCCAGGACUUGAUUUGGGCGGAUUAUGGUGCCCAUUAUGUCAAGGUCCGGAAGGUAUGUACCCUGGAGCUUUUCAAUGCCAAGAGGUUGGAGGCCCUCAGGGUUGUGAGGGAGGAGGAGGUUGCUGCAAUGGUAGAAUCCAUCUUUAAGGAUCAAGGCAUAGGUAAGGCUUUGGUUGUUAGGAAAUAUCUGUCACCUGUGGCAUUCAACAACAUUACCAGAAUUGCCUUUGGAAAACGGUUUGUAAAUAAAGAAGGGAAGAUGGAUCCACAAGGAGUGGAGUUCAAGGAAAUAGUUGCAACAGGAGUGAAGGUGGGAGGUUCCCUCGCUAUGGCUGAAUAUAUUCCCUAUCUCCGUUGGAUGUUCCCUUUGGAAGAAGGUGCAUUUGCUAAGCAUAGUGCCAGGAGAGACAGACUCAGCAAAGCCAUUAUGGAAGAGCAUACUCUAGCUAGAGAGAAGAGCGGUGCCAAACAACAUUUUGUGGAUGCACUGCUUACACUGCAAGAAAAAUAUGAUCUCAGUGAAGAUACCAUCAUUGGUCUGCUUUGGGACAUGAUCACUGCAGGGACAGAUACAACAGCUAUAACUGUAGAAUGGGCCAUGGCUGAACUGGUUCGCAAUCCUCGAGUACAGCAGAAAGUUCAAGAAGAGCUAGAUAGGGUUAUUGGCAAGGACAGAGUAAUCAAUGAGACCGAUUUUCCUAAUUUGCCCUACCUGCAAUGUCUCACAAGAGAGGCUCUGCGCUUGCACCCGCCCACUCCCAUGAUGCUUCCACACAAAGCAAAAGAGCAUGUGAAGAUAGGUGGGUAUGACAUACCCAAAGGGGCCACUGUACAAGUUAAUGUGUGGGCCAUUGCUAGGGAUCCAGCUGUGUGGAAUGAUCCAUUGGCUUUUAGGCCUGAGAGAUUUCUUGAAGAGGAUGUUGACAUUAAGGGCCAUGAUUUUAGAUUGCUGCCAUUUGGUGCAGGGCGUAGGGUUUGCCCUGGUGCACAAUUGGCUAUUUAUCUGGUUCAGUCUAUGUUGGCUCACUUACUUCACCAUUUCACAUGGAGCCCUCCUGAAGGAAUGAAGGCAGAAGACAUAGAUCUCACAGAAUCUCCGGGACUUGUAACUUACAUGGCCAAGCCUGUAGAGGCCAUUGCAACUCCUCGAUUGCCUGAGCAUCUCUACUGCGGAAUUCCAAAAAUGUGACAGUUUCAGCUCUGCAAGACGAUGGAUACCCUUUCCAUGGUGAACCUCUGAAUUGGUCUCAAUGAUGUCAUAUGUUGGAAAAUAAACCUGCACGUUUAAUCGAGUGGGCAACAUAUUUUAAUGGUAGCAUUUACAUUGCAUUUUAGCUGUAGGUUUCAUUUGUCCUUUGUUAUUGUGUGGUUCCAUUCUAGAGACAGCAACAAAUAAAAGUUUCCAAAUGUUUUCUGACUA